AUGACGGACGCGCCGCCGGCGCGCGGCGAGAUCCUCGCGCACUUCUGGUCGCUGAGCGCCGACGACGCGUCGACGCGGAAGCGCGCGUGCGAGGCGCUGAUGCGCGAUCUUCGAGCCGCCGCCGCCGCCGACGGCGCGCGCGCGCGGCGUGGCGACGACGACGGCGACGAAGGCGCGGACGCGCGGGCGUACGCGCUGCGAAGACUCACGCGAGGGCUGAGCUCGGGACGGGCGGGCGCGAGGCAGGGGUUCGCGCUGGCGCUGAGCGAACUGGCGACGCACGCGGCGACGCCGGCGGAGGCGCUGGACGCGCUGGACGCGAACGUCGCGCCGAUCACGAAGGCGACGAAGGGACAGGAGGCGAGAGACAUACUGUUGGGAAGACUGUUCGGGGCGGCGGCGAUCGGAUUAGCGCUGGGAGGGCGAGAAGACGUGCGCGAGGAGGAGCGGAGACGGUGCGGGGCGGAGGUGGCGAGACGCGCGGAGACGCUGUCGAGGGAGAAGACGUACUUGGCGGAGCCCGCGGCGGCGUGCGUGAUCGAGCUCAGGGCUUCGUUGGGGGACGAGACGUUCGCGGGGGUGGUCGAAGACGCGGGAGAAGGGUUGGAGCGGUGGUUGAGCGGGGAUUGCGGCGGCGACGCCGGGGCGGAUACGCUUUGGCUGGCGUGCGAGACGUUUGAGGCGUUGCCGCGCGAGACGCGCGAUAGAGUUCAGUGCGUGCGGGCGACGAAGAAGGGCAAGAAGGUUGAUUGGGCCGAGAUGUUUACUCGAACGCAUUUGAGUAAGAUUUCAAAGGCGCUUUUGGACACCGCGCACACGCACCCGCGCAUGCACAGCGCGUGGGAGAUGAUGCUUCGCGAAGCCCCGGGAGCCCGAGGCGUCGUACCGCUGUGGGAGAUUGUGUGCGAAGACGGCUUAUUCGUCUCCGGCUCGCAUCAGCGUCGGUUUCUCGGAUUCCGCGUGUUCGACACCUUACUCUCUUCCGCGGAAGCUCACGAAAUCCCCGCACUGUUUUCUAGCAACUUUAUCAAGUGCUUGUUGAACAACCUGAGCGCGCCGGACAACUACCUCCACGAAUGCGCGGUGGACUGUUUGGCGAGAAUCGUUGCGUUCGCGUCGGAUAAGAAGACGAGCUCGGAGAAGAAGAUUGCCGUCAUAGCCGCGCUUCAGCGUCAAGGUCCGACACGUUUCGAUAACGUGACGAAGACAAACGCGGUGCAGGACUUGGUGAAGAGUCUGGACAGCGACGAUGCGUUGCACUACUUGCAGAGCAUGUACGCCGUCGUGACUAAGGCGCCCGUACAAGAUUCCGACGUCGUCGGCACAGAAGAAGAACUCGCGAGCGCGUUAGCGAACGGUACGGGUCAAAAGCGCCGCCUGUGGGCGCUCGAACAAAUGGCUGGAUUGGCGCCGAUGCUCCCGAGCGAUAAAGUCGUGGAAUUGAUGCAGUUUAUGCUUUUCCACGCAUAUUACAAAGCCACGGAUGGUAAGGCGGGGAAGAAGGGCAAGUCCAACAUUCCAGCGAGCAUCCUGAAGUCACCGCUCGAAGAACCCACCGGGUCCGUGCGCUCGGCGUGCUCGACGCGCUUCUUAGCGAUGAUCAAUUCUAACGUUCGCGCGCAACGCGCGGCGGCAAGUAAGGAGUCGGAUGACAAGCAAGACGUCGUCGAUUUAUUGAGCGAAGCCACUUCGUUUUGCCGCGCUCUCGAGGGCGAGACAGCGGUGGACAUGAUCGACAGUAUUCCGGACGAGUGCAGAGAAGUGCGCGCUGAGCUGUUCAAAGCCCUCGACGCGUGUGUCGGUAGCGGCGACGAGUUGGCGGCGAAGGUCGCACCACUCAUUCGCGUCUUGUCCGUGCUCCAAGUCGGUGACUGGCGCGAAUUCACGCCGGCAUUGCAGGACCUUCCGCGUUGCGUCGGAGAACUCGUGAAUCCUAAGAAAAAGUCAAAAAAGUCGAAAAAGUCGAAGAAAGACGGAGAGGACGAGCCUGAAGCGAUCGAUGUGCUCACUGAUAUUCUUCUCAGCUUGCUUGCUCAACCGAGCGCGUUGCUUCGGGAUGUCGUCGAGCACACCUUCAAAGCCGUCUCUGGACAAGUUUCCAAAGAAGGUAUUCAGGACAUGCUGCGAAUCAUCGCCGGGCCAGAAGUCGGUGAAGAUGCUGGCGAGGGUGAGGGCGACGGUGAAGACGAAGACGUGCUCAUGGAAGAUGAUGAUAGCGACGUCGAUGACGACGAUGACGACGACGAAGAGAGCGACGACGACGACGAUGACGAAGAGAGCGAUGACGAGGAAGACUACGGUGAAGCUAACGAUGCGGAAAUCGCGGCUAUGCGCGCUGCGGCGAGUAAAAUCGUCGGGACUGCGGCGGAAGAUUCGGAUGAUUCUGACUCAGAGUCUGAAGGUAUGGAUGACGCCGCGAUGUUCCGAAUCGACAAACUUCUCGCCGAGGCGUUCAAGAGUCGACAGCAAGAUUUGAUGCGUAAGAAGAAUCUGAAGCGCGCAACGCGCGACUUCAAAUUCCGAGUCAUCUCUUUGUUCCAGUUGUACGCGAAAGCGCAGCCGGGAAGUGCAUAUCUACCUAACGCGGUCGUAACACUCUUGGAAGCUAUGCGCGACUCGCUCGGCAAGCAAGAUCCACAAAGCGCGCAACUCGCUGAGCGCAUCGCGGCGCUAAUCAGCAAGCACAUCGCGCACGCGCGCGAUUUGCCCGAGCUCCUUGGGGACGAGGUGACGUCAAAAACAAUCCAGUCCAAGUUGCUGGAAGUCAUUGUCGCCGCAAACCGGGGUGCCAGUGACGCGCAGGUGUUCAACAAAGCAGCCGGCGCUGCUGCGGCGUAUUUGUUGCGCGUUCUCGAAGCCGUCGCUCUUCACGAGAAAGGCGGAAAAGCCGCAAAGGUGGGUGAAGAAGUUGCGAGCGAAAAUGCGAUCGAUUGUUUCCGCGAAGCAUUGAAAAUGUUCAAGUCGAAGAAGAGCAAGCUGAAAACGGGCUUCUUUUCGCAAACUUUUGCGAGACAUCCGGCGCUCGCUUCGGCGCUCUUGCCCGAAUUGUUCAGUCUCGUCGCCAUCGAUGCCGACAAACCCAACGCAAGAGGCGAGUUCCUGCGACUGGAGGCCUUGAAACUUGUGAACCCAGUGAUUCAGUCGGGUAAGAAACGUUAUCCGCCGUUGGCGAAGAGCGCGACCAAGUCGAUGAAGACGCUUUCGGUAUCUUUGGCGGCAGCCAUCGGCGCGCCUUAUAAGAACAAGAACACACGCGCAGACGCGUGCCAACAAGCGGCGAACUGCAUCGAGUCACUGAAUCGAUUGAUUGGCGAGAUAGAAAUCAAGACUAUCAUCGACGUCGACGCCAUCAUCGACGCUGUGGCGAAGCAAAUGUCUCGCCCGCCCGCGUUGCCGCAAAAGGCGCAAAAAGCGUUCCAGCGCAUUUGCGCUCUCCUCGAUCGCGCUGUGCCGGAUGUCGAAAUGCAACCCAAGAGCGAUGCGAACGACGACGACGGCGACGACGGGAGCGAGUCUGAAGAAGACGCCCCGAAACAGAAGAAAGAUAAAAAGUCGAAGAAGCGGCGCGAUUCCUCAGGUGGCGAAAACUCGAGCAAGAAAAAGGUCAAGAAGAACCGUUAG